AUGUUCUUCCUCCCUCUGAAACUCGCCCUAUUCCACUUUCUCAGUAUUCCGGCUACCUUCACAGCUUACGCUGCUCCGGUUCUCAAGUUCAUUUUCGAAUUCGCAUUUCUUACUCUUCAUAUCUCCCGAAUGAUGAUGUCUGUUAGUUUCCUGUGGCUAUGGGAAAUUGCUGCGAACACUGAAGUUGUCGAUGCGUUCGCCAUUGUUCUAUCAGUAGUGAUUUCUACAAGUGUUCUUCUGGAAAUGUUCCAAUACGAAAUCGUCUUCACUUUCAACUCAGAAAGCACCUAA